AUGAGGUCAGACCCUCUAUCUAAUGUUUAUCUUUCCGAUUUUCUUUAUCUAUUUUUUAAUUCACACCAUAAAUAUAACACUCAAAAAUUGCCAUUAAAAAUUCCUUCCAUUCUUUACUCUUUUAAAAACAUUCUUUUCCCCUAUAAGAGAUGGCAAACAAUAAUUACUUUAUACAAACUCCCUUCCUCCUCUUCAUUCUUCUUUUUUUUUCUACCUUUUGUCAAUGAACACAAACAAAUACUUUACUUAAUAUAUAUUAUUUUGACUUUUUGUGUUGUUUUGUUGUUCUACCUAAAAAUUUGUUUUUACUAA